UUCGUGGAGAGACUACUGUUAUUCAUCCAACAACAAGACCAACAUGAAGGCACAGAUUUUGGUUCUCGCGAGCACGUCGCUGGCGCUCGGUGUCGCAGCCGACUGCUCACGGGAAUUCCUCGUCAAUGCCACAAACAAAUACAUCGCCGCCCAGACGACCGGCAACGUCGGCAUCUUCGCCGCCCUAGCCUCGAGCAACCUCAGCUACACCGAGAGCGAGAUUCCCGUCGACAUCGCCAAGGGCGUGCUCUCGCGUCCCAUGAAGAUCAACCACAGCCGCAGUCUCCACGACACGGUCGGGUGCGCGACCUUCACCGAGCUCAUCGUCACCGACCCAGUCGCACCCUAUGUCAUCGGCACGCGCAUGAUCUUCGCCGACGGCAAGGCCAGCUUGGUCGAGACCAUCGCCACCAAGCCAGGCGACUGGGCAUUCAACGCAACAGGAUAUCUCUAUUGGGACUCGAUCGAGAAAUGGGACCCCAUCCCCGCCGAGAAGCGCGACUCGCGCGCCGCCAUCAAAGCCGCCGGCGACGCCUACUUUGAGCGGUUCCACAACAGUAGCUUUGUCGUGCCGUGGGGAACGCCGUGCGCGCGGCUCGAGGGCGGAGCGUACACAGGGCGGGGCAACCUCAGCGCCAACACGUGCGACCUAGGCUUGCCGUCGACGCUGGUCGUGACCGACCGGCGCUACGUCAUCGACGAGGGGCUCGGCGCCGUCGACAUUUUCCUGGGCUUCCCCGGGCUCGACCGGUCCGUCGGCCAGCAGCCCAUGCCCGACAGCCACGUGUUCCGCGUCGAGGGCGGCAAGAUCAGAUACAUCCAUACCGUGUCGACCUGUGUCCAUGCCGGCUGCGGCAUGAACGGCACCGCAAUCCCGCAGCGGAGACGGCUGUGAGCCAUAAUAAAAAUCAUGGGCAGAGCCAACGCCGUGUCCGUGCUGGUCUGGCUCCCUGGGAUCAGAGAGAGAUCGAGUGUUGAGGUUGAAACGGGAAACACCAGACGUCUUACUGGGGAGCUGCUGGCAGUUAAAAGGUGUACAUACCCCGGAAAUGGCUGCAGUUGACACAAUGAAUCGCAGGGAUGUGUUACCGGGUUUCGAGAACCGUCGUGGUGAACCCAAUCCCGCUCAGCCGCCUCGCUUGUCUGGCCACUGCAAUCAGCAAUGAGAUGCAUGUUAUGAAUCCCAACAAGUGGAACAAGGUCAAAAGUUCAGGCGCAGCUGCUGGCUACUGAUAUACAAAGUUGCGAGAGUUUAC